AUGUCCACCACCCACCCCCGCAAAGCCCUCAACAUCAACAACAUCAACCAAAACAUCCGCAGCGCCCAAUACGCCGUACGAGGCGAACUAGCCGUCCGCUCAGAAACCUACCGUGCCCAGCUACGAAAAAGGGAAGCGCCACCCACCCCUCCCUCCUCAGAUCACGGCACGCCCACAUCCACCUCCACCCCGUCCAGCGACCACAAGCCCCAAGAAGCUUCCCUCCCCUUCGACACCGUCAUCUCCGCCAACAUCGGCAACCCGCAACAACUAGACCAAAAACCCUUGACUUUCAUCCGCCAAGUCUGCUCGCUCGUCGAGAAUCCCGCUUUGCUCGACAAUCCCGACAUUCUACAGCUCUACUUUCGCUAUCCGACCGAUGUGAUCGCGCGCGCGCGGCAUCUCCUCUCUGAAUGCAAGUCCGUGGGCGCGUACUCAGCGUCUCAAGGUGUGCCCGCCAUCCGCAAGAGCGUCGCUGCAUUCAUCGAGCGCAGAGACGGGUAUCCUGCGAACGAGGGAGAUGUCUUUUUGUGCGCUGGCGCCAGCUCGGGCGUUAAUACUAUGAUGAAUGUGAUGUGUAAGGAUGGGAAGAGUGGCGUGUUGGUGCCGAUACCGCAGUAUCCGCUCUACACGGCUACGCUGUCUGUGCUGGGGGCGAAGUGUGUGCCGUAUUUUCUGGACGAGGGGACGGGGUGGGGGACAGAUUUACAAGGGAUAAAAGAGAGUUAUGAGAAUGCGAUUAAAGAGGGCACGGAGGUCAGGGCGUUGGUGGUGAUUAAUCCGGGGAAUCCGACGGGUGCAUGUCUCGGGGAGAAAGAUGUAAGAGGGGUCAUCGAGUUUGCGGCGGAGAAAGGGGUGGUUGUUGUGGCGGACGAGGUCUAUCAGACCAAUGUCUUCGUGGGCGAGUUCACGAGUUUCAAGAAGAUGCUGAGGCAGAUGCAGGCGGAGGAGGGCGGGAAGGAGAAGUACGGAGAUGUGGAGCUCGUCAGUUUGAACAGUGUGAGUAAGGGCAUGAUUGGCGAGUGUGGCCAUCGCGGCGGGUAUUUUGAGCUCACCGGCUUCGACCCCGAGGUCGUGGCGCAGAUCUACAAGUUCGUCAGUAUUGGGCUUUGUGCGCCUGUUGUGGGCCAGUGUGUGCUGGAUUGCGUGGUCAAUCCGCCGAAAGAGGGGGAGCCUAGCUAUCAAACGUAUUUUGAGGAGUAUGAGGGGAUCAAGCGCGGGUUGAAGGAACGGGCGACGGCGUUGUAUGAGGUGUUUAAGAAAAUGGAGGGGGUAGAGUUGAAGGAGCCGCAGGGCUCUAUGUAUCUCUUUCCCACCAUCCAGCUCCCCGCCGCGGCUGUCUCCGCUGCACAGAAAGAAGGGAGGAAGCCGGAUGAGUUCUACUGCUCGCGCCUCCUUGAUGCUACGGGAAUUUGUCUUGUGCCUGGCUCUGGGUUCGGGCAGAAGGAGGGGACGCUGCAUAUUAGGACUACAUUCCUGGCGCCGGGCACGGAUUGGACGGGCAGGAUUGAGAAGUUUCAUCGAGGCUUUAUGGAGGAAUUCAAAGGCUAG